AUGGAACGCCAGGAACGUGCCGCUCUAGUGUUUCCCCGUGGCAGUUCAAUGGGUUAUCUGCUAGCCAUCGCCAUUCCGCUACUCGUGCCAGGUCGGAACAUUUACCUCUCGCACAACUUCGAAGCCAACUACGGUGUACCGUCGAACGAGACGCAAUACUUUCUCUGGUAUCAGCGCUUUAAGGACACCAAGUUUAACAUCACCAAAGCGAUCGAAACGAAUCGGCGCCGGCGUCGGGAACUGCUGCCCGGGUUCGGCCGAAGCUACUUCUACGAUCAGCUCGAGGAACGGUUGGAUCUGUACGGGUUUAAUGCGACCGGGUGUAUGGAGCGACUGAUCUGCGAAGUGUCCGAGCUCCCACUCGCCGACCACAAUGGUGUGUUGGGGGAUGUGCUGAGUGUGGUCUUCAGACCAUCCACAUCGGUGCGAGAGCAGUCCGUUCCAGUUGCAUACUAUGAGGCAGAAUCUAGAGGAUUGAUAGAAGGAUGCCAACGGUAUCGAGCGUACUGCAGGAUCGAUCUACUCGGAUUUGUGUCAACCGUUCUCUAG